AUGGCCCUGGUGAUGGAACCUAUAAGCAAAUGGACACCUAAGCAAGUGCUGGAUUGGAUGAAAGGUAAUGAUUAUAAAACAUGUUUCUUUUCAUUUGCUUGACACUGACAGAAUACAUUUUGAAACAACUAACAUGGAUAUGUGUACAUCUUUUCUCUUUUAUCUGAAUAGGUGGUUUAAUAAAUUGGGGCUGAUUUGAGCUAAAACGCUGCUAUUCUUUGCAUUGAAAUAUUGAUCGUGUGCCAUUUUGUGUAUCCGACCCUGAUGUGGAAGCGCGAUUUCAGUGUAGCCUAAUUAUCGCCCUGGCCUGAUGUAGGCUAUGUAUUUGUAGAACACCAACCAGAUACUCAGACCAACUUAUUAUGCGACGUGUAAAUGUGUUCAACAAUCAGUUUACCUAUAUAAGGUUCACAUUUAGAUUACCUCACACCAUAAAGACUGCGUGCUCUCUCUCUCUCUCGCCCCCCCCCCCCCCCCCCCCCUCUCUCUCUUUAGCUCCAAUGCACACACACGCACACACACACACACACACACACACACACACACACACACACACACACACACACACACUUUGAUUGAAUAAGUGUUGGUAUCAAUUGAGGCGUUUGCAAAACUAGCACCAUGGACAGCGAACCUACCUUAUUUGAAAAUGUGUUGACAGAGACUAUGAUUUACUUUGUUACAUUGCUACAAAAAUCCACCAUUGUGGGUAGUGAUAGGGAACAUAUUGCAGGUUGCAAGCUAAUUGAACUGGACAGCAGCAUUUGCAACCACAAUAGUCACCUUUAAGAUAUGCUAUUAACUGAACUCAAAAUGGUUGGUGUUAUGAUGUUCAGUAUGUUUCGAAGAGUUCUCCACUAUCUGCCAUAACAUUCAUAUUUCUAUGAGAGAAAACAUACCUACCUGUAGUUACUUUUAUUAUUGUGUGGGCCAACAGUACAGCUGAGGUGAAGUACCCCUUAGGUAAGACCAAAUGGAUGACAAAACAAUUGUUGCGCUACAUUACCUGCCAUAAUCAGAUUGUGCACACCGUUAUGUUAGUAGUGGCAGACUUCUGUCAUUCUGGAGGUGAAACACUAAUUGACAACAAGCCUUCAUUGGAAAGAAAGGUGAGCAUGAGGAGCUGAAUGCGUUUAAAUCUAAACGGUGGAAUAACGUUCAAAAGAAAGACCUAUUAGUUACUGUAACAACCAAACACAAGUGAGAUAGAUAUGAUAACUUUCUAUCUCACCAGGGCACAGGGAUUUACUGUCAUCCAACUAAAGAAGCUGUGAUGUGUCAACAGAGACAUGGGUUAUGUUUUCCCACAUACAGUAAUUUCUGCCAGCCAAGUGUCAGUCCAGAAGUGCACAACCGUGCUUGCUUCUGGCGCUGCUGUCACAGAUGUGUUUCCAGCUUCGCAGCAAGGGCAGGGCUCGCCUACGGCACAACUUCUGUGCAGCUGAUACACAACACAACUAAAGGAACUUCAGUUCAGUCUCAGAUUCUCCACCCCCCAAUUACCAUGGAAAGUGCAUAGGCAAGUGACAUCUUUGUCAUCUGUUAUAUUCAAUGCUGUAGGCCAACAGAUGAAGCCAAUACAUAGCAACAUCUUGACAGUCUAUAAGACUGGUAGAAUACAACUGACAUAAAGGACAGAGCCGGUCUAAUAUCUAUCCUAUGGUCAUUUGAGACAGAAUGGGUGCUGAUGUGCAAUCUGAGACACAGAGGAUGCUGAUAUGCAAGUUGAGAAAUGUCUUUGUGCUGCCACAGCUGUAAAGAAUAUCCCCUCCCUCUCCACACUGUAAACUGUGUGUUAUUGGUUGCUUUGGCUCUCUUGUUCUUGAGUGGUUUUUGAAAGGUGGCCAGUGGACACAGUCGUGUACACACCCAAGUAGGCACAGCAUGGCACGCACACACACACACCAAUGCACCAGUUGAGGCAUUCAUGAAAAGCUAUCACCAUGGACAGCGAACCUGCCUUGGUGAUGCGUGCCUUACAUUCAUACUAUGUUCCAACAUUGUGGAUCGAGGUAGGGCAGUUAGCAAACUAAUUGAACUGUACCUCAUCUAUUUCAUAACCACAAUUAUCUGUGAGUGAGAGUAGGUUCAAUGCCAAUGAGAGUAAGAGGGAGGGACUGACCUGUUUUUGAGGGCAUUGAGGACUCUGGAUUAUUCCCUUGGGUAAAAUGUAAAUGACAUUUAGAAUGAAUAUUAUACACCUGUUGUAUUUCAUUCUGUGAUAGGUCUGAGGGCAACAAUUAAGAAAUAUACUGCUAAUAAUUCACUUCUUCAAGUGGGCUUGCUUCUUGGUCACCAGGAAACUGUUGCCAUGGAGCCUUGAUAGCUGGAGGAAGGCAACAGAAUGGAAAUCCCACAAGCGGCAAGCUCUCAAAUGAAAGUACCCUUACAAGAAAAGCAUGAAAAACAAAUCACAUGUGAAGAAAAAAAGAAACGAGAUUUUCCCAAGUCAGUUACGUGGUUUUCGAAAACAACGUUUCACAUUAAAUUUAUACGUGAACAAAUUACGUGAAAAAUGUCACGUGGGAAAAACAGAGCCUACGUGUGAUGUUUCACAUACUGUGUUUUCGAAAAGAAUUCAGACCCCUUUUUCCACAUUUUGUUAUGUUACAGCCUUAUUCUAAAAUUGAUGAAAUUGUUUUUUCCCCCUCAUCAAUCUACAUACAAUACCUCAAUGACAAAGCAUAAAAAAAUAAAAAAUAAACUGAAAUCACAUUUACAUAAGUAUUCAGACCCUUUACUCAGUACUUUGUUGAAGCACCUUUGGCAGCGAUUACAGCCUUGAGUGUUCUUGGGUAUGAUGCUACAAGCUUGUCACACCUGUAUUUGGGGAGUUUCUGUCAGGUUGGAUGCGGAGUGUCGCUGCACAGCUAUUUUCAGGUCUCUCCAGAGAUGUUCGAUCGGGUUCAAUUCCAGACUCUGGCUUGGCCACUCAAGGACAUUCAGAGACUUGUCCCGAAGCCACUCCUGCGUUGUCUUGGUUGUGUGCUUAGGGUCGUUGUCCUGUUGGAAUGUGAACCUUCACCCCAGUCUGAGGUCCUGAGCGCUCUGGAGCAGGUUUUCAUCAAGGAUCCCUCUGUACUUUAAUCUGUUCAUCUUUUCCUCAAUCCUGACUGGUCUCCCAGUCCCUACCGUUAAAAACAUCCAUGCUUCACCUUAGGGAUGGUGCCAGGUUUCCCCCAGCCGUGAUGCUUUGCAUUCAGUCCAAAGAGAUCAAUCUUGGUUUCAUCAGACCAGAGAAUCUUGUUUCUCAUGGUCUGAGAGCCCUUUAGGUGCCUUUUGGCAAACUCCAAGCAGGCUGUCAUGUGCCUUUUACUGAGAAAUGGCUUCCAUCUGGCCACUCUACAUUUUAGUCAUUUAGCAGACGCUCUUAUCCAGAGCGACUUACAGUUAGUGAAUACAUUUUUAUUUAUUUAUACUGGCCCCCCGUGGGAAUCGAACCCACAACCCUGGCGUUGCAAACGCCAUGCUCUAUCAACUGAGCUACAUCCCUGCCGGCCAUUCCCUCCCCUACCCUGGACCAAUUGUGCGCCGCCCAUGAGUCUCCCGGUCGUGGCCGGCUGCGACAGAGCCUGGAUUCGAACCAGGAUCUCUAGUGGCACAGUUAGCACUGCGAUGCAGUGCCUUAGACCACUGCGCCACUCAGGAGACAAUACCAUAAAGGCCUGAUUGUUGGAGUGCUGCAGAGAUGGUUGUCCUUCUGGAAAGUUCUCCCAUCUCCACAGAGGAACUCUGGAGCUCUGUCAGAGUGACCAUUGAGUUCUUGGUCACCUCCCUGACCAAGGCCCUUCUCAACCGGUUGCUCAGUUUGGCCGGGCGGCCAGCUCUAGGAAGAGUCUUGGUGGUUCCAAACUUUUUCCAUUUAAGAAUGAUGGAGGCCACUGUGUUCUUGGGGACCUUCAAUGCUGCAGAAUGUUUUUGGUACCCUUCCCCAGAUCUGUGCCUCGACACAAUCCUGUCUCGGAGCUCUGCGGACAAUUCCUUCGACCUCAUGGCUUGGUUUUUGCUCUGACAUGCGCUGUCAACUGUGGGACCUUAUAUAGACAGGUGUGUGCCCUUCCAAAUCAUGUCCAAUCAAUUGAAUGUACCAUAGGUGGACUCCAAUCAAGUUGUAGAAACAUCUCAAGGUUGAUCAAUGGAAACAGGAUGCACCUGAGCUCAAUUUCCAGUCUCAUAGCAAAGGGUCCGUAUACUUAUAUAAAUAAGGUAUUUCUGUUUUUAAUUUUUAAUAAAUUAGCAAAAAUGUCUACAGUGCUAUGAAAAAGUAUUUGCCCCCUUUCAAAUUUUCUCUACUUUUGCAUAUUUGUGAUACUGAAUGUUAUCAGAUCUUCAACCAAAACCUAAUAUUAGAUAAAGGGAACAUAAGUGAACAAAUAACACAACAAUUACAUAUUUAUUUCAUGAACAAAGUUAUGCAACACCCAAUUCCCCUGUGUGAAAAAGUAAUUGCCCCCUUACACUCAAUAACUGGUUGUGCUACCUUUAGCUGCAAUGACUCCAACCAAAUGCUUCCUGUAGUUGUUGAUCAGUCUCUCACGUCGCUGUGGAGGAAUUUUGGCCCACUCUUCCAUGCAGAACUGCUUUAACUCAGUGACGUGUGGGUUUUCAAGCAUGAACUGCUCGUUUCAAGUCCUGCCACAACAUCUCAAUUGGGAUUAGGUCUGGACUUUGACUAGGCCAUUCCAAAACUUCCAAUUUGUUGCUUUUUAGCAAUUUCCAUGUAGACUUGAUUGUGUGUUUUGGAUCAUUGUCUUGCUGCAUGACCCAGCUGCGCUUCAGCUUCAGCUCACAGACGGAUGGUCUGACAUUCUCCUGUAGAAUUCUCUGAUACAGAGCAGAAUUCAUGGUUCCUUCUAUUAAGGCAAAUCGUCCAGUUCCUGAGGCAGCAAAGCAUCCCCAAACCAUCACACCACCACCACCAUGCUUGACCUUUGGUAUGAUGUUCUUACUGUGGAAUGCAGUGUUUGGUUUUCGCCAGGCAUAAUGGGACCCAUCUCGUCCAACUAAAUUGAUAAACACACUUUCUUUAACCUCAAAGUCAAUUUGUUUUGACAUUGCAUUGUUGUUUUCAGCUGUAUAGAUUAUGCAUUUUGGAUGUUUUCAGUGUAUUUUUAACGCUUUCAGACAAUGCAAUACAAAAGUGCACAAAAAUUACAAAAAGUGAACUUGAGUUAACUGACAAGAUAGCGCUAAUUUUAACAUGGUAGCCCUUUACACUCGUACCCAUAUACAGGUUGAAAAUGGCAGAUUUGAGCACUGAUAAACGCAGUUCAGGCUCUGCGCUUCACACCACUGUAUGGAUUUUGACCAAUGAUGUGUAUAAACCCUAGAUUGCUGUGCACACUUUGGAAAGGUGUGUGGCCACCUGCGACACCAGUUAGUCCUCUCACUCAAACCCUUGUCAUUUUUUGUCUUAUGUGUCACCUACCCCACAUUUUCCAGGAAUAUUCUUAUGAUGUUACUGAAUGUAUCCAGAGUAUUUUCAGAUUUCGUUAUCAACAAAUGCGGUGAAAAGUACAGUGAAUGUAUUGGAUAAUAUAAUCAACAGUGUAAUGUUCAGUCUUGUGUCAGGUGAACUGUUGUGUCCACAACUUUGGCCUAAUAGUUUUCCCAUAAUCUCCAAACUGUUCCCUUUCAAAUGCAAAUGUAAAUAUAGAUGGCAGAAUUCAGAUAUGACGUCACUAUUUUAGCACUCGUUUCUUUAAGCACGCUGCGCGAAAUGGUUCAAUGUGCCAAUAUAUCAGCAAAGUCUACUUUUUCAGUUUUUCAAAUUGCCGGCAUCUUGAAGCUAAGAUUGGGAUCAUGUAUACUGUGCUAAUUACCAUACAAAAAAACAGUAAAGGAGAGCAAUGUACAAUACGGCGAACUUAGCAAAAUAAGAAAUUUGUGGAAAAUGCAUGGGGGGCGCCAUCUUUAUGCACCUCCUCUAUUGCUACCAUGCUUAUGCAAAUGUUUUUCAGAUUUCUUUUGUAAGAAACAUUUCAAUUUAGCCCUAUCCAUAUAGGCCAAUUCCCACAAGUGUAAAGGGUUAAACAGGAUAAAUAAGGAGACACGUAGCGCUAGCUUCUCUGUUCUUUUCACUGGGCUUCUUCCAACGGUCACUAACCAAGGUAUGAAGAAGAGUGGCGUGCACCUGCAACAGUAACACUCCAAAUGAAUGGCACAGAAAUAAUUUUUAAAAUGUUUUUAACGCAAUUAUUAUACUCAGGUAGGCUAGGUUGCCUUUUUACAGAAUGGCAUUACAGAAGUCCAUAUGUGAAAACACCACCUUUUCACGAGUGGAGAAAAACACUUUUUCACCAACACAUGUUAACUUGCAAUUCUAAAUGUUAAAGUUAGAUUUUCUAAUGUGAAUGUUUCUUACAUGUGAAACUGCAAAUUAGAUUUUCACAUGUGAAUGGUUUUCACAUGUGAACUUGCAAUUCCAUAUGUGAAAGUGAGAUUUUCACAUGUGGAGUUUUCUAACAUGUGAAACAGCAAAUUUCACAUGUGCAACUGCAAUGUAAAUGCACAUGUGAGUUGAAAACGUGUGAAGAGGUGGUGUUAACAUGUGACCUUUAAAUUGAAUACAUGUGAAAAUAUGAUUUCAUGUGAAAUUUAAGCUCAACAUCUGAAAACAGCUAUUCCUCAUGAAACUGCAAAUUGGACAUGUUUUUUUUUUGUAAGGGCAGCCAUUCAUGAUCAUUACUGUAUAUGGAUGCAUGAACGUGUGCGCACACACACACACACACAAAUGCACAUGCAUACACAACCCCCUCCCACACCCCCACACACACACGCACACGCACACAUGCUUUCACAAAUUUCACUCCCACGGACAUACUGUGGAGACACAAACACACCCACACACAAAGCCAUCCAUUUUUAUGUCAAGGCCACUGUGUGCUCCAUUCAGUUACUUAGAAUGAGGUCGGGGCAUGUCAGUGAUGCUGUAGGUGGGUGUAGUGGUGGAAUCAAGCGCAGGACACCGAAGUACAGUCCAAAAGACUUUAGUGAAAUUCCACACGGGAAAAUGAACAAACUGGCCCGAAGGCGAAACUCCGCACGUAGGCGGACAAAACAAACGGGCGCACUACACAGGUGCGUAAAACGCUCCAACACAGUGGAGAGAUAGCUCAACCGAGCAAAUAAUGUAACCACGUCCAGUAACGCACGACAGACAAUAAAGCAAUCACACACAACACUGGACAAACACAACGAGUAACUUAUAGGACGCUAAUUAACCUAAACGAUAACAGGUGUCACAACAAACAGACAAAAGCAAACGAACAUAGAAACAUGCAACGAUGGCAGCUAGAAUUCCGGAGACAACGAACGCCGAAGCCUGCCCGAACAAGGAAGAGAGGCAGCCUCGGCCGAAACCGUGACAGGGCAGCAGCACACAAGACGGCAAGACAAGUGUUCACCACAUACAAAUGGGGAACUUAGUUCAGAUGAUUCACCUGACUAUAGACUAUAUAGAUUGAGAUCAAUAUUGAAUAGAUGUACCCAGAGUCAUCUAUAUAUAUGGCUCUGAAUGUAUCCUCUUUUGAUCUACCUAGGCAGUAUCAAGCUGGCUAAUUUGGCCCCUGUUGAAUGCCUGUGGUCAUGGAUGUGUGUGUGCUUUGGUGUGUUGACGUGGCCCAGCCGGUGUGUGUAAUAUGGGUCAGCUCUGUGCUGUGGCUGUGGCCUGCUACUCCGCUGUGCUCUGUGGCUGGAGAUGAGUAAUCUCCCGGGAGCCAUGGAUGGAUGCUGUGGUUGAAAGCCGAGACUCUGCUAGUCUGCUCUGCUGCUAUCUGGGCUCCCCUCUCUCUCUCUGUGCCGCCUGGCCCGCUGUACAUGGCUCCAACACAGAAUGCUGCAGAGGACUCUGUGUGGCUCUGCUGUGCUCUGAUAAGGAUGGCUUUAAUACGCUGUGGUGAGAGUGGUUUAUCUCCUAGACUAGUCCUGUUUCUCUCUGCCCCUGUUCUGUUCUGCUCUACACAAAGAGCAGCUCAACUGGUAGACUGGUUCUGCUCAGUUCUCUGGAGUUGAAAGAAAGUCUCUUCUCUCUCUGCUCAGAGAGUAAGAGCACACUCAGGACUUGAAAGGUGAAUGGUUGAAAGCAUGCUUCUGGUAUUAUGUAGGAAUUAACACAAAAAAAUGAAUGAAAUGGAAAAUGAGUUUUUAGAGUGAAAGUAGCCUGGUAGGGAUAAACAAUAUUUUGUACAGCAAUUAGUCUGAAUCUGCCAAUCACACUGCACUUUAUACAACACAUAUUUAUGCUUUCAUGGUAUAUUUCAAACUGUAAUAAUUCUAAAUAAACCAGCACAAUCUGCAUUCCAUACACCUAGUGAAUGAGUUAGAUGUGGACAGUAAAGGAGACAAAGACAUACUAUAAGAACAAAGGUGUGCUUAACAUAGUUUCCCCCCUCUUUGUCUGUCCCCCAUGCAGGCCUGGAUGACUGUCUGCAGCAGUACAUUAAGAACUUUGAGAGGGAGAAGAUCAACGGGGAGCAGCUGCUCCACAUCACCCACCAGGAGCUGGAGGAGCUGGGGGUCACCCGCAUCGGACACCAGGAGCUCAUUCUGGAGGCUGUGGACCUACUCUGUGCCCUGGUGAGGAGUCAAUCUAGACAUGCAGGGCUAGAAUCAGGAGGGAUGGUUAGGAGAUAGGGCUGUAGAGUUAGAGCUCUGGUGUGCGGACAUGAUAGAAUAACUUUACUAUUGAUGCCUUCCAGUGCAACCAAGCCAGUGCAGUCAACGUGCUCGAACUGGAGAAACACAGUUGACUUGCAGGAGAUGUAAAGCUAGCCUAGUUGCUAGAUCUGUUUGUGCACCGUUUGAGAGGCAUGGCAAGGCAUGACAGACAAGAUUGAAGACAAUAGAAGGUCAGUAAAAAGUGUUGCUUUAUUAUCUACAGCCUUCAUCAGUGUUAUCUGCUGAGUAACAAGCAGAAGGGGAGAGAGGCAGCUGCAGUGCUCAGUGACCAGGGCUAGAUAAGUAGAGCUGAGGCUAGGGCCAGAGUCGCGGCGAUGAUUUGUGGCUAAUUCAGAUUCAUUGGUGAUGUAUCCUUGUAUCCUAGAUAGAGGUCGAGCGGGAGGAGUCUGUGCUCUGUGCAUCAGUAAGGGAGGCAUGUAAUGGGUGUCGUUAGUCUUGGUGUAUGAUGACUCAUACAGAGAGAGUCAGGCGUGGGCAUGGGAAGAGCCCUGUUAGAGCAAGCUAAGAGCUCUGUAUUGACUUGACUGAUUCAGAGAGGGGCCACACAGCACACGUCCUCUAUGAUGGGCUGGGGAAGUGUCUGAUAAUAGAUCCAUAGGCCUAGACAGCAGCAGCUGGGAGGGAGUGUGUGUGUGUGCGUGCCUGCGUGUGUGUGAGGCUGCCUGUGUGUGAGGCGUGUGGGAGCUAGCUGAAGUUAGUGUGUGAUUCCCUGUGACAGAGCGGCCUGCAGCAGAGCAUCAUUAGAGUGCCUGGACUGCCUGAGACCCCAUCUCCACACAGACAACCACACACAUGUAAUCUGUGUCUGUUAGUUAGACGGACCGGUGGGAGCUGCCUGGGUGUGUGUGUGUGAAUGUUGAGCAGAAUGUUCCUCCUUUGUGUUCACAUAUGGGGCUAUAAUAUAAGUUUGUGAAUGUGUGUGUAUGUGCUAAGACAGUAUAGUGUGUGUUCUGCAUCCAAUCUCCAUUAUAGUGAUGUGCUGUGAUUAUCAUUGGAUGCUGGGACAUGUCCCCAUUGAUCCUGGCAGAGUGCACUAGAGCUGAACAUUGCGUCACUCUGCUGAGAGGAGGCUGACAUGAGUAAUGACUGUACUGGAGGAGAGCUACAGGUGGACAGGACAGGAGAGACAGGACAUGAACGUGGUCACACACACACAAGCAUGCACGCACACACACUGCCUUAUUAGUGGCCCGACCAAAAUGGAUGUCUGCUGAAUAGGUCUCAGUCCCUCUGCACUGCUUGUGUAAGACAAGACUCUCUGCAGAUCAAUUUUAGAAAUUAAUUUAUCUUUCCUGGGUUGAUUAUGUGAGUGUGAUUGAAAGACAAUGCAGGCUUGGUGUCAGUGUGACCGCUGACUCACUUUGACAUCAAACUGAGGGUCGGUUGUUGCUGGGAGUUAGAUAAUUGUUCAUCAGUCGACAGUGACCAGACAGACAGACAGGGCUCUGCUGCUGAGUUGUUGAUGUAAUAGGGAUUUUGCUCCCGCUAAAUUGCAAAAGACAUUACAGCCAUCAGAGGAAAGUGUCCCCUCCAUGCAGUGAAGCCUCUCUCUGCCUGAAUGGCUCACUGGAAGGAAGGUAGCAGGGAAAUGGCUGAGCUGGUCAGUACUCACCACCUAGCAGCAUAAUGGUGCGUUUCCUCUACAGUGGGUCGACUGCAAAGAACAAGGCCUUAUUAUAGUGUUGCUUAGCUUAUUUGCAUGUAUGUACAGUAUAACAUAUUUAAUUAUCCCCCACCUUUUGUCUCUUGUCAUCCUCUGCAUUGACGUAAUAGGUGACUAGUGAUGGAGAAGCCGCCAUAAAGAGCAGCCUGAACAGACAGCAGCGCAUUACUUUGAUAUUUUGAAUGAAAGAGGAAAAUCAAUAAGGGAAGAAGGAGCUAUGGAAACACUGGGCUUGGUGUAAUUAAGAGUGACAACGCCCGGAUUCACCAUGGCAACCGGGCUGGGCUUAGCUACAUUGUUGUGGGUUAGACAGGAAGGAGGCAUUUCUCCAUGGUGACGGUGACUAAUGUUGACUAGACCUGCAGAAUCAGAUACAGCUAUUCACACACAGGCACACAUCUCUAACAGACACACUAUUGUGACAAGCUACGUAGACACACAACCUACAUUCUGGUUAGAGUGGAAUACUGCUUGAUGCUCUGUACAUUUCAACGAGUAUGACAGAUGAGUGGUCUUCAUUGUUUCUGAUGAGGCAAUCAUCCCUUUAUGUUUACUUGAAUAACUCUAGAUCAAAAGGAUAAAGCUGUCCACCUGGUUUGGUAGAUAGAUUAAGAGGAAAAUAUGAGAUUAUGUGACUGGAGGGAUUUGUCUCUAUAUAUCUCUGGCAUUUAGAUCUUAUAUACACUAUACAUUUGCUGCAGCACUGUUCCGUAUGAGCUUUCAAAUACAAGUACUGUAUGUUACUCGCACCACACUGUCCAUGCAAGUUAAUGUUAUUUCUCCAUGUGAACUUAAUGUAUCCACAUUUUCUAGAUGAAUGACAUCUUAACUUUAAAGUCAAACACUUCUGGGAGCAGACUGAACCAUGGUCUAACGGUGCUGUACUUUCUGUUCCAGAACUAUGGUCUGGAGACUGAGAACCUGCGUACCCUAUCCCACAAGCUCAAUGCCUCAGCCAAGAACCUGCAGAACUUCAUCACAGGGAGGCGUCGAGGCGGCCAUUAUGAUGGCAGGGCCUCACGCAGGCUGCCCAACGACUUCCUCACCUCCGUGGUGGACCUCAUCGGAGCAGCCAAGAACCUGCUGGCCUGGCUGGACAGGUGGGAGUUACAUCUCGGUUUUGUUAGAACAUCCCAGUUUUGUUAGACUUAGAAUAGCUUAUUUUCCCGAGAGGAACUUCAUUUGCGUAUGUCUAAUAGUUUAUAUACGGUUCUCUUUCAUUGUAAAGUUGUUGGAGAGGGCAAAUACUGGCUUAUGCAGAGAUGUUACUUUUUUAUAUCUCACUGACUGUUCUGCCCUCUCCCAUCCUCUGAUGUCUGACCCCUGCAUAUUGUACUUUCUUCCCUCCUGCCAGAUCCCCAUUUGUCAGUGUGACAGAGUACUCCUUAUUGAAGAACAACAUUGUUCAACUGUGCCUGGAGUUAACCACCAUAGUACAACAGGUGAGUUGUCCAGGGGUGGAUAAAGGUUAGGGAAUUUAUGAACUAGUUACUAGUGCAUCAAUAUGUCUCUGACAGAACACUUGGCUACAUACCUCCAUUUUAUAAUUCUGUUAGUUUUGUCGGGAAUAGAUGAAGGCCGACUGAAAAUAACUCUCCUGUUUUAAACUCUCUCAAGAGACAGUCUGCCAGCUAAAUUCAUUACACUACACUUGGGAUACUCGCAUCUGUCUCAUCUGAUAGGAGCUCCGUUUUAUUUUAAUGUUAAAAAAACAAACAUUAGUUCUCUAACUGUUUUUAAUUGUCUUGCAGGACUGCACGGUGUAUGAGACAGAAAACAAAAUUCUUCAUGUG